GGUACUUAGAUAGUCAAAGCCUGAUUCUCGUUCAGUAAAGAUCAUUUUUUCUUCUCUUUGUGAACUAUGUCGUUGAGCGGUAGCACCGCUGUGAUUACCGGUGGAGCCAAUGGGAUCGGUUUUGCCACUGCAGAAGAACUACUUAAAAACGGCGUUUCGAAAAUUCUUCUUUUGGAUCUCACUACCGACUUGGAUCCUACACAAUACGCUCAACUGAAGGCAUACAAUCCGACCGCAUCUGUGUUCUAUGCACAAUGCGAUGUUACGAAGAAACCGCAGCUGGAGAAAACCUUGCGCCAGGACGCGGUCCAGUGGUUAGGAUCGAUUGACAUUUUGGUGAACUCGGCUGGAGUAUUUGAGUGCGAACCGGCACGAUGCAUAGGAACAAAUCUGAUUGGUUUGAUUGAUUGCACUUUAAUCGCCAUUGAUUUGAUGACGAAAGAGAAGGCUGGAAAUGGGGGUUUUAUCGUCAAUAUGUCAUCGAUUGCUGGCUUGGAGCCCUAUCCGGUUGCUGCCGUAUAUGCUGCUUCGAAAUUCGGUGUUACAGGUUUUACGAGAAGUCUUGGGACAGAGCUAAUGUAUAACCAAACUGGUGUGAAGUUUGCGGUAAUUUGUCCCAGUGCUACUGAUACUAACCUUCUAAAGACGGCAGGCGAUAAUGCAUUCACUUUUCCGUGGAUGGAAGCAACGGCUCGGAAGUUGCUGAAAAAAUUCACAGUUCAAAAACCGAGCGCCGUUGCCGAAUGCAUCGUCAAGGUAAUCACGGAAGGUGAGACAGGAUCGAUUUGGAUCUCGGAAGCGGGUACUAUGCGCCAAAUAAAAUGUGACACUAAUAAGUAUAUUUAAUUCACGUUGUUUCAAAUAAAAAUGAAAAAACA